AUGUCACACACCAAAAAAUGUAACUGGGAAUCGCAUUCUGGGAUGACCUCGUUUUGGAAGAUAAUCGCCAUUCUGGCAUCCAUCACAGCGCAGGUUUCAGAUGGUCGGCCAGUGAUAAACACAUCUAGUGGUGGUUUUGACUGGGACGUCAUUAAGUAUUUAAUUGCAUUCGGCGAUUCCUACACGUACGUGCAGGGUACCAAUGGUUACACCGACUACAGUUUUAUUGGCAGUUACUUACCGGGCCAGUUCUCCAUCACACCCUCGGAACUGUGGUCAGAUCAAAUUGUUCAGAAUUUUAAUGGGACGGCAGAGGGUGGACCAAACUGGAUUGAAUACUUGACAGGAUGUGGGCUGAGUCCGGGCUUGACGAAACCUGAAAGUUGUGAAAGGCAGCUGUGGGACUUUGCAUUCGCUGGUGCCGAUGUUUCAGAACAAUUGUCUUACGGUACAAGAGCUUACAUAUUGACUGUUAGCACCGCGUUGCACCAUGAGUGGACAGUGCCACUUGUCAACCAAACACAGCAGUUCCUAACAUGGAUAGAGCCCCAGUUUAAGAAACACGACAGUUUACAACAGGAAAAUGCAUUAGUGGCCAUCUGGAUUGGAAUUAAUGACAUCGGAGACACCAGCACGUGGACAAACGUGUCUUUUCCUAGUUUCUACGAUGAAAUUAUUUCCACCGUUUUCACCGAAAGCGCAGAGCCUAUAUACGAGGCUGGGUAUCGGAACUUCCUUUUUAUAAAUCUGCCUCCCUUGGACCGGACUCCCCUGAAUGUGGUCAAAUCUGACCCUCGUCCCAACAAAACUAUGAUAGAGUGGUGGGACGAAACACUGCAACAGAAAACGCAGGCAUUUAGCGCUCGAUACGAUGACACAAAUACCUUUCUUUACGAUGCCAACAAGUUUCUAAACCGCAUUUUAGACAGUCCAAGGGAAUAUGGGAUCAAUAACACGACUGGUUACUGUCCGGGCUAUACUGACCCAGAUGAAGUCAGCAAUCCGGAAAAGUACGGUUGCAUUCCUAUUGAUGAGUACUUUUGGUUCAAUACCGGGCAUAUGACAAGUCACGUCCAUAGCUUUUUGGGUCCGGACAUCGGCCAAUUCCUUCGGCAACAGAGCAAGAAAUAA